CAAGUAUGGCUGCGCCCAUGGGGGUGGGUACACUUUCGGGUUCUGCAGGACAGAAUCGUUCAGUAUAUCACUCAUUCCACAAGUGCUACUGAGCCAUAGAGGGGCUCAUUUGAAGCGGGAUGAAGCUCUGCAAGCUAUGGGUGCACCAAAAGGGUUUUAGCGAAGAUGAAUUAGUUAUCAAUCCAAAAGAAUUUCCUCAUGUUCGAAUUGGAGACAUUUUGGAGAUAUUUCACCCUGAUGAGGAUAGCAGCCACCUCUUACUGCAAGUGAAAUCUUUGCAGACGGACCUUCAGCAGAAAGGAAAAGAUAUAAUUAGUGUUGAUCAGACGAUAGCCAGUCUCUUUCAGCUACGUGCUUACAAGGAUGUGGAGGUGCACCCAGUCCCAUCUACCCAGGAUGUGUGUUUGGACCUGGUGGAGCUGGUCUUUAAAGAUCAAUACAUCAGCAGAAGUGACAUGUGGAGACUCAAGAACAGCCUGAUUGGUUCCUGUGCCUACCUCUCCAAGAAAGUUGAGUACUCCGGUAUCCGGGCCCAGGUCAAUGAACUCUGGGCUCGAGGUGAGAAGGUCAUGUGUGGAGCUGUGUCUGAGGAUACCCGUGUAGCAUUCCGAUCCGCCACAGCUAUGGUCUAUAUGUUCAUACAGAUGAGCUCAGAGAUGUGGGAGUUUGAUGCAAACGGUGAUCUGCUUUGGGAGAAGUCAGUGAACGGUUUUGUGGCUGAGCUUUUCAAUCAUUGGAAAGAGAAGAACACUGUGAACGAGGUCACCAUUUUUCUCUUCUCUCGAAUCUAUUAUUACGCUGAUACACUUGACCAGUUCCCAGAAGACCUGAGAGCAUGUUUGCAUGUUGACUACAAAGGGAGAACCUAUGAGGACUUCUACAGAGUGAUUGUGCAAAAUGAGCGGCUUGAUGAUUGGACGCCGUUGCUUGUCACGCUGAAAUCACACUGCAUCCAGUAUGGCCAACAGCUCCAGAGUCACUACAUACAAGGUUCCCCACAAGAAGGGCGCCAGCGUCCUAGUGGCUACAUCUCCAAUGCUGCCGAGGGCAAUUUUCUAGAAGCUCUUAAUCUAACGCUGAACGUUUUUGACAAGCAUUACAUCAAUCGCAACUUUGACCGUACUGGUCAGGUAGUGGUGAUUGUUACCCCAGGAGCAGGGGUCUUUGAAGUUGACAGGGAGCUCUACAAGAUUACCAAGCAGAGAAUGAUUGACAAUGGUAUUGGCAGUGACUUGGUUUGUAUGGCUGAGCAGCCAUUGCAUGCUGUACCCCUCCUACGGUUCCAGAGUACCAGCACUCAUCCCUCCGUCCGUGACUACAGCAUUCCUCAUUGGUUGAAUUACAGCUUCUACACAGCCCAGGGACAGCGAGAAAAAUGCCAUAUCUACUCCAGCUUCACCCCUCGGAUCAAACUAGCUGAGAAGAAGGAAUCAGCAGACAGCACUCCGUCAUCCAUACCUCAUCUUCCCCCUCUACCGGAAGAUAAGAACAUGAGUCACUUCAAGCAGUCUCAUCAGGAUGAGGAUUACAUGUUUGAGGAGUACGAUGCUGAAGUCUUCAAAGUUCCUAGCUAUGCUUCACCAAAACCAAGAACCCCAUUUUCCAUAAGGCCAUCAAAGUCAACCCACAAUGCUGCCCAGAAGCCAAGAUCCAAGGAGGAAUCCCCAUGUCAACCCAGCAAGAAGUUGAAGGAGUCAAAGGUCACUGGCAUUGUGACCUUCAACACUGAACCCACCGAUUCACACAACCAUCCCUUGGUAUCCCAAUCAACAUCAUCAACCGCUAUUCCCAUUCCAGAGCGGCCAAAUCUCGUUGCUCCCUCUGUUUCUGUAACGGCAGCUGCCAGAUUGCUUCAAGAAACCUCUAUCAGCCGUAGUGUUGGGGAUGCACAUAUUACCGAGCACCGAUCCAGUAACACGCCAGUGAACUUCACGGAUGUGAUUGUUGGUAGUGCUAACGCCAUCCAUAAUCUUGCGUCUGGCAGUCCAAAUCAUCAGUUUGUGUAUCGGACCCUGAUCAAUCCAUUUGCUCCAUCCACCAUGGCCAUUCGACUGACAUCAAAUAGGAGGAGAUGGACUCAUACCUUUCCACCAGGUCCAUCAGGAGAGACUAUGCAGCCCCAUCAUCGUCGAUGGACUACCAGCGAAGGAGACACAGACAUGCAUCCCUCCUGCACCCCAGCGGGUCUCUCAGAAUCCAUCUCAGCACCUGCCAAUCACCCAGCCUCUCCUAGACAGCUCAGUCCAAUAUCUAGACUCUUACCCUCUCCCUCUAGGCAUGGUCCUGCCCCUCCAAGACUGGCCCCUCCAGCCGUCAGUGGCAUUCCCAAAUCCGGCAGCGCAUCUAGUCUGGGUAGUGAGGGAUCUGGGUCUGGUAACCCAGCUCAGCACAUCAUAGCAUCCAGACCGACUAUAACUCACCGACAGAGUGGCAACUUACCCGACACUGGGGCCCGUUAUGAUGGAGGUUCAAGGACCAGUCCUGCUAGUGAUUCAUUCAGGACGUUGAUGCGAAGUACCAGUGGAGUUUGGGGUGUCACAGGCGAACAAGAAUGGACUCCUUUUAUACAGACAGGAAUGGACUGGAAAUCGUUGACAGCCACUGCCUGUUUCCCUAUUACCACUGACUACUACCCAGAUAGCCUGACCGUCGAGAAACAGUUCAUGGAGAACAAUUACGAGCUUCUAGCAGAUGACCACGAUGAGGCAGCAGGGGGACAGAGACAGACAGGCGAGGGCGUCUUUCAGGAGAUUAUAUCACAACGACUGAUGCAGGGAUUCCAAAUGGUUGUAGUUCCCAAAUCCUUUUUAUCCAUCGUACAAGGUCGCCGAAGUAAAGACAUCCUGGUCACAGAUCCAAACAAGCAUGAGUACGUACUCAGUAUUGGUCGCAUCUUCCACAAACUGGUACUCCAUCCUCACCAAAGAGCAAUCUCGGUUACUGUGUACAAACCAAGGCAUCUGACUAUUUCUCGUCCAGUCUACUACACCUAUCAGCUAUGGUCGGCUCACAACUCUGGCUAUCAGCCAUCUAGCGUUAACUUCCAACCCUACAUGCUGGAGAACUUCAACUGGAACUAUCUCGAUAACUACGUGUCCUCAAAAGGAAUUGACUUUGGCCCUAUGGAGUCACUGAAGCUCUGGCGAAGCAGGUUCCUCCUCUUGCCAACAGUUUGCUCCAAGAAGAAGCGCAUCCUUGAAGACCCUGCCGCUCACUUGGACAUCUUCCCGGAGGUGGAUAACCAGGAGGAGGCCCAUCAACAAACUGAGGGAUUUAUCAAGUUCCUGGAGACGUUGAAUAGGCUCCGUAGGCACCACAGUGGAGGUAGAAGGUCCAAGGCUGGCUCUUUCUCUGUUAAUCUUGGCUCUGUGAAAUCUGCCGAACUUCGUCGGUCCUCUCUUGCCAGCGUUCACGGUCACUCCAGGAAGAGUAGCGAUGGUAGCUUAAAGGCAAUGAUAUCUGCUAUGGCUAGUCUCACUCCAAGCAGACAAGCAGUCACCAGCACCCUACCCUCCUCCAAUGCCCCUACCCAAGGGCCUGGAGUAUUAGCUGAGUCAAGUACCUCUCCAAGAAGCCUGAAGGAGGAAGGCGAGGAUGGGGAGUUGGACACGGAGGGAGAAUGGGAGGAUAGAAGCAAACUCACCCUCUGCACACCACUCUGGGAGAUUGCUAAGGCCAUGCGAGAACAACAAGGUGGAUUACUCUUUCUACCUUCAGACCAGAGAAAGAUCCCAUCUAAUUGUUUCAUGGCCAGUGAGGCAGUGCAUUGGAUAAUGUCCACUCUUCAAGGUGAUGUGACGCAAGAAGAAGCCGUUGAAAUACUUCAGAAUAUGACUGAAGAAGGAUUGAUAUGCCAUGCUUCAGGCAACCCCAGCCACCCAUUCUGGAAUGGUUUCUACCUGUACUACAUAAUCAAAGAGGAAACCCAAAUCAGAGAUAAGUCCAGGAAAUCUCCAUCAAGACAGAGCUCCACGUCCAGUGGUCACCACAGCCAUGCCUACUCCAAGAUCAACGACAACUUCCACAACGAGUGGUUUGAGGUCGCGGUCUGCAGCCCCUCUGCUCCCCCCUCUGAUAUCCCACAAUUCUUGCUACCUGUCCUGCCCCGCCCUGUGUCGCCAGCCACAACCAUCAUGACCAGCUUUGUGGAAACGAUACACGGUACUAGCAUGGACUCUGAUGAGGAGGCUCAAGAGAUCAAGUCUGAAGUUGUCAAGCCAGCUUCACUGAAGAGUCUACUGUAUGACAGCUACACAGCAAAGACAGACCGAGUAGAAUGGUGUCACAUCAACUACAAUGGCUGUUUCUGUGCGGAUGAGGCCUGGGGCUUCCAAGUGGAGUGGCUGGUAUCCACUCCAAGUCUCCUGGUGGAAGUGCUACAAGGUUGGGCUCGUAAAGCUGUCCAGUGUGGCUUCCAUCUUGUUCCUGCUCCCAUGGAUGCCUUCAACCAAUGUCCUCACUUCAACAACCCGCUCUCCUGCCCUCGCUUCAUCCCACUUGACAUUCAGUGUCUUCAAGCAGGCACAGGUCAAAGGUUAUUUGAGCACAUUGACCCCAGCAGCCAAGAGAGGAGAGUUCACUUACUCCAGGAGACAAUUCUGAAGAGGUUUGGUUUCAUCAAGGCCAGCGAACCCUUCCCCCUCUCUCCCAUCACAUCCCAGCAUUCCAUUAAAGACCAAAUUCAAUAUGUCCAUAUGACGGGCAUGGCGCUCAUCCUCAUUGUACCACCCACUAAUCAGGACACUACAUUCUGGGAUGACCCUUUGCCCAUUUACGGUGCUUCAACGUCCGGAAACAGCCCAACGGAUCAGGGGGCAAGGACAUAUGUCAAGACAGAGCCUGAUCAGAAAGGGCUUCCCAUGCAAGACCGGGCAUCAAAUUUGGUGGCAGAAGUGGGAUUCCUGUGGGUGCCCAACUACCUGCUCACCAAACGCUGGCGCACAAGCUCCUCCGGAGAUGAGAAGUUUCUUGAGAGACUGUUGCAGGAUUUCACCAGCUUCUGUGAGAACUGCGACAAUCGUCUGAGUGAAUUCUGGGAGAAAAGCAAGAAGGCUUGCCACUCUGCAACCCAACAAUAGAAUAUAUACCAAAACAAAACUCGUUUUUUUUAUAUUAAUGGUAACCCUUGCAUGAAGUGUUCUCGGCAGAAAGUAUGAUACCAAAACUGAUGAAACAAGGAAUGACUACCGAAAGAAAGUUACAAAUAUUCCUUAAAAAUGUACAAUACCAAAGAUCGUUAUAUUAUGUAAUCAUAUUUGUAGACAAUUGAAAGGCAUGCUUUAGUUAAAACGUUCAGAAUAUCAUCCAUGAUAUCCAGACAGAUAAUCAGUAUUCUUACUUAAUUUUUCUUAAAUCCAGCAUUUAAAAUUAACUUGGUAAAACAGAUAUUAUAAAAGUGAAAACAAAAUGAUUUUGUACAAAUUUUGGAGUUAUAUCAUAGUUUGCAGGCAUAAACACAUCUGGAAAUGAACGAGUGUAUUUCCUAAACCCUAAGCGCCCAUAAGCUACAAAAUACUACCAAGUAGUAAUCGGUAGUAUCUCAGUACAUUUCUUUCCAAGUGUGAACAUCACAUGUAGUAUUCUGUAGUAUUUGGUCCUGACUCCCAAAGAGCCUUUAGGGGCUUAGGGUUAUAUCUUUAGGCCUUCUAAUUCAAAUUUUCAUCAACUCUGCUUUCUUUUGUGUGAAGAAAAUUCUAAUCUAUCUAUCACAGACUAGUGCAUUUAAUAGUCAGUGUCAGCUAAUGAUUGUACAUUUGCUCAAAUCCUCUGCUGCAUGACUCUUAUUCUGGCCCAAGUCUUCCGCUGUUACAGUAUUUUUGGGGUCUGCUCAUAAGUCUGACGCCUCAUAGGUCCAACGCCUCAUAAGUCCGAAAUUUCGGACUUACGAGGCGUCGGACC